AUGAAUGUUUUAGAAGUUCUUAUUAAAGCGUCAGAGAGAGCUGCUUGUAUUGCUCGGUCUUGUGCAGAUUCAUCCGAUGAGACAUUACUCGUGACUGAAAAAGGUGAAAAUGAAGCAAACGCUCGCUUCAAUAAAGAUUUUAAAACAAUAGCUGAUGUGUUGGCCCAAGAAAGUGCUAAGGCUGAAAUAGCCACCUGUCUUCCAAACCUUGCCAAACAUAUUAGGGGUGAAGAGCGUAAUGAGAUUAACGGUAUUAAGAUCUGUUUGCAGGAUUCUUCAGAAAAGACAGCAGAAUUAAUUAGUUCUUUAGUUCCUCUGUCCACUGCAAAAUGUCUUGCACAAGCAGCUCAUUCAGAAGUGAAUUAUGAACUAACUAAUAACUUGCCAAAUAUAUUAUUGGAUCCCAAUGAUCUAGGUGUGUGGAUUGACCCUAUAGAUGCAACAGCAGAAUUCAUAGCUGGAGUAAAAGGAGAAGGAGAUCCCAAACAUGGCUUGGUCUGUGUCUCUGUUUUAGUUGGGGCUUACUUAAGAUCAUCUGGAGAGCCAGUUGUAGGCGUAAUCAAUCAACCAUUUUAUAAUGGCAAUAAGGGUCGUGUAGUGUGGGGAGUUAGCUAUGAUGGGGUUUCUAAAUGGAGUCAUGAUAACAAAGAAGUAGGAUCUGGAGAAAAUGUAGUUCUAAUAAGUGGGGCCGAAAAACCAGACAUUGUUGAAAAAUUGAAGAAUUCUGGGUGGGAGGUAACUUCUGUCCCUGGAGCUGGUCAUAAACUGUUGAAAGUUGCUUUAGGUGAAGCUGCUGCAUAUGUAGUAUCAGGAAGCACUACUUUCCGAUGGGAUACUUGUGCACCAAAUGCAAUUUUGAAUGCAAAAGGUGGAGGACUUGUCGCAUUUUCAACACACAAUUCAAUAACUUAUAAUGAUACCGAGGGUCUGGAUGCGAAGGAAUAUUGUAACUCUGAAGGCAUCAUAGCAUAUGGUAGCAAGAGUACAAUGUUAAAAAUUCUCAAUGUUUUGAAU